UUUAAUUUCAUAAAAAGAAAAAAAUUUCACAAAAUAAAACUCAAUUUCUUUGAUUUGAACACAAGCAAAGCAAACUGAUUUCAACUACCAAACUCAUAUUCAGUCUCACCUUAUUCUGUCUCCCUCUCUCUGAAUCUUCCAUCUUUCCCCAUUUCAUAUUCAAAUUCCGAUUGGAUCUGUACCACUAAACAAAUCCCAUCUUUCAUUUUCUCCAAAUUUUGGUUUCAGAAUCAAAUCACCGGAAUUUCACCGUUUUGUUGGAGAAAAUGCUGAGUAGGGGGUCGAAUGCCCGGCUUUCCGGCAUGGCAUUUCGAUCCCGAAUCCCAACGCUCUUGCUUUCCAUGUUCGCUACUUUCGCUUCCAUCUAUGUUGCUGGCCGGUUAUGGCAGGAUGCCCAAAAUAGAGUUUAUUUGAUUGAAGAGCUUGAUAAGAUUACUGGUCAGGGUCAUUCUGCGAUUUCAGUGGAUGAUACAUUGAAAAUCAUAGCCUGCAGGGAACAACAAAAGAAAUUGGCAGCCCUUGAGAUGGAGUUGGCUGCAGCUGUACAAAAAGGUUUUACUUCGACCCGCUCGACAGAAACUAAUGGAACUCACACAAAGAAAAGGCCACUGGUAGUAAUCGGAAUUCUUACAAGGUUUGGCCGCAACAACAAUAGAGAUGCAAUUCGGAAGGCAUGGAUGGGGAGUGGUGGUGCUUUGAAAAAUUUGGAGAAUCAGAAGGGCAUAAUUGCACGAUUUGUCAUUGGACGAAGUGCAAAUCGUGGCGACCAGUUUGACCAAGCCAUUGACAGUGAAAACAGGAAGACUAAUGAUUUCAUGAUUCUUGAUGACCAUGUGGAGGCACCUGAGGAAUAUUCAAAGAAGGCUAAAUUAUUCUUUGCUCAUGCUGCAGAGAAAUGGGACGCUGAGUUCUACGCUAAAGUCAAUGAUGAUGUUUUUUUAAAUAUUGAUGCUUUUGGAGCUACUCUAGCAACCCAUAUGGAUAAGCCUCGUGUUUAUAUUGGCUGCAUGAAAUCAGGCGAAGUUUUCUCUGAACCUGGCCAUAAGUGGUACGAACCAGACUGGUGGAAAUUUGGUGACAAAAGAUCAUAUUUCCGUCAUGCUUCAGGUGAAUUGUAUGUCAUUUCACAAGCUUUGGCGAAAUUUAUAAUGAUAAAUAGAGCUAUUCUUCGUACUUAUGCACACGAUGAUGUGAGUGCUGGAUCAUGGUUUAUUGGGCUUGAUGUCAAACAUGUUGAUGAAGCCAAGUUUUGCUGCUCAUCUUGGUCAUCAGGAGCUGUAUGUGCUGGUGUUUGAUUUGAUUUUCUUUGGGAUUGUUUUGAGAAUAAAAUCGAGGUAGAUGGUUCUUCGGUUUGAAGAUAUUAGUUAACAUAUCUUGAUGUUUUCACUUGGCUUCAUGAGAAAAAGCAUAGUUCCUUCCCAUUUGAGAGUCGAUUACCCUCUUAUGACGACAGAUGAGAUAGCUUCUCUCGACAUUUUGACAGAAACACAGAUAGGAUGAUCGUGAUCGGUUCGAAACCACAUUUAUGAGUUAGAAUGUAGGCCAACUUUGUAAGUAUAGAAACACUAAUGUCAAGGGUAUGUUUUUUUGUUUUGUUUUCUUUUUAUUGGCAACAUGAUGUAUUUUCCGAACAUCAUUGUCUUAUGAGAAAGAAAUAGGAGUGAUUCUUUUCCAUUUUUUCAACUAUACAUCUCACAAUAGUGUGUUUAAUAUAUAAGGGAACUUUUAUUA